GGGAGUUUUGCAUCACUUACCUAGCUAACUGAACUCUUCAGUGUAACGCCGCGCGCCUGAAGCAGCACCUCUCUCUUUUUUGUAAAAUUUUUUCUUUCUCCUCACCUGGAUGUUUUCAACGCUCCACCUUGUGGGAUAAGAGGUGACGAGAGGGAGGAGGUGGGGCGGAGAGAAAGAGCACGCACGGAGGAAGCGGGAUCGGAGGAUUAUGGCUCUCGCAGCGUUAUUUGUGUAUCUCAUAACGCUCACCUGUGCAGACGUAUACCUGGUGCACGCCAACAGGCAUACUGUGCAUUGGAACAGCUCCAACAUAAAUCUCCGCGGAGAGGGCUACACGGUGCAGGUGAACGUCAACGACUACCUGGACAUCUACUGCCCUCACUACAACGAUAGCCAGCGGGGCGGCAUCGGCGAGCAGUACGUGCUCUACAUGGUCGGUUACAUCGGCUACCGCAACUGCGACCCACACCUGGGCUUCAAGCGCUGGGAGUGUAACCGGCCACACGCACCGCACGCGCCCAUCAAGUUCUCUGAGAAGUUCCAGCGCUACAGCGCCUUCUCCCUCGGCUACGAGUUCCUCGUGGGACAUCAUUACUACUACAUUUCCACCCCCACCUCCCACCAAGGGCGCAGCUGUCUCCGGCUGAGGGUCUACGUCUGCUGCACCUCCACUACUGACUUGGACAACAACAUCCACCCGACGCAGGCAGACUACACGCUCAGGCCUAACAUCAAAAUACAUGACAUUGAUGAGUUCAGCCCUGAGGUCCCCAAGCUGGAGAAGAGCAUCAGCGGGAGCAGCCCCUCCCGCGACCGCCUGCUGCUCACCAUGGCGUCGCUCUUCCUCGCUGUCCUAUUCGUCUCCUAGCGCGCUCACUUCCCCUGUGGCAGCCAGUCAGCGGGCGGGGCACGGGCAAGAGCGCGGAGGCCAAGAUGUGGGAGUGGGCACGGUCGGAAAGGGGAGCCACGGAUGCACCCGGGAAGGUGACCCGACACAACGCGACGAAACUCGGACGGAGAUGGAUGUGGCGUGAAGCAGCCCGGACACUUGAUGACUUGCCUGCAGACGGGCUGAGUGUGAGUGUGCGUGUGAUACCACUACGUGUGACUCGCAACAUGCAUGUGUAGAUGUCCGUGUGUCUCGGCACAAGGGCCAUCGCUGCCUUCUGACAGCGGUGCUGCCGCUGUGUGGCUCCAAGCCCAGACUGCCUGUCAGAUCAUUCAAAAGAUGUGACUGAGGACACAUGGACCUGUGGGCCAGUCGGAGCUCACCGGACACACACCGUGACGGUGGCCUGCUUCACUGGCGGUGCGCCUCUCCUGUACCGAAGACACCUGCACCGCUGUGAAUGGCUGCAGCUUCCUGUUGCUCAGUGCGGUGCGCCGUAGCGAACCGGGACGACGCGCAACGGCCAGCAGCGGUCAGCCGUGCCUCUUAAAGGAGAGCAUUCCCUGCCUGUCGCGUACUGUAGUCCUUAUGUAGCCAUGAUGUUCGUGCAGGAACAGCUAGCCAGGAUCGCGUUCCUCUCCCCGUUUUAUAUUGGUCUAGUUGCCUUCAAGGUGGAUUCAAGGUUUUUUCCCCCACUAUUAUUGUUUUUUGCCUAGCUUUGUCACGCAGGAAACUGCAUAAACACUUUAGAUCAACGCAAUUUGAAAUCUCUUACCGUGAGAUGGGGUUCCCGCUCUCACUUUUCCUGAUUUGAUGGUCUGCACACUUCAGCAAUACUGGUUUUAAAUAACUGAAUUGAUCAGCAUUCAUCAUUCUGCCCAAACUGUUUUUUUCCCCCCAUAAUUGUACAUAGAAGCAGCAGGUGAGCCCAAAACCCCAUCUGUAGGACUGAAGUAGCCUUCUGUAGAGUGGCCAUGCCAAGCCGUUCACGACAGCAUCUGGGGGACCCCCCCCGCAGCAAACUUGAAGACUGUGACAAGAUGUAUUUAAAUAUACAUAUAGCUCUGUAUAUAUAUAUUUAUAUACAUUUUGGGUUGUAGUUUAAGGCCUUUUCUUCCUUCUUCCUUGGUCAGCGUGGCAUGUGGCCUGAUUUUUUUUUUUGUGUGCCAGACACCCGUCUGUCUACUGGUUUCUUUUGUCGUAACCUUUUGAGCAGAAGCGUGCAGUAUCUGUGUACCAUCCAUUCAUGCACAGCACAAAGACAACCCACAAGCAAGACGUAACAUCAUUUCAAACUGGGGAAUAGUGGAUAAACAUAUAUGUAAAUAUAUAUACAUAUAUAUAUACAUAUAUACGUAGUGAAAUAAAACAUUGUUAUAAGUGCUUUGGUUUGAGGAUGUGAGAUGUGUGCAUGGAAGCUGGAGAGAGUGUGUAAAAAUGUGUACAAUGUCCAUGCCCCCCCCCCCCGCCCCCUGCUGUUAGCACCUUAUAGAUCCUGGUGAUAGUAAGUGUGUGAUAGUAUCAGUCUGCAAUCAGUGUUCUUUUAAAUGCAAGUUAACAGGACAUUAACAGUAGAGUAUGACUGAUGGCUGCUGCAGCAGCAGUGUAUGUCCUCAAGCUAUUGUGAGCAGGAUCACCAUGGUGGAACAUCUCAUCCUGUCAUGGAAGCUGAAGAAGGAAAAUGCCCGCUCUUGUCAGGGGAUCCAAGCUCCUGAAUGACAGGCAUCUCACAAACUUGAAAAUGAAUGUUUUUGCCUCUUUCGUUUUUGUGUUGUUUUACAGCUCUGUGUUUUUUGGGCUGGUGUUGGGCAUGAACGGGGGACCGGGUGGUAUCUGAUAAAAGCUGUUGAAGAGUUUAUGGGGAAAACGCAAAACACAAGAACAAAUCACUCUUCAAAUGUUGCACUUAAAAACUUAGACACGAGAGUAUGAGGGAGAGCGUAAGUCUGUUUCAGUGUUAUGUGUGUGUUUCUGUGUCUCUAGCCUACGGGUGCGAGUGUGGUUUUGUGUGUGUGUGUGUGUGUGUGUGUGUGCGCGCGCGCGCGCGCGUGUCUUGACAUCCGCGUGCCCGUGCGUGGCUGCCUGUUACCGCGUGAGUGUCAGGAAAGGUCUGUCUGUGCAUGAGUGAGCGGACGAGCACCUAAUGGGCGAAACAACAAAAGCAUUUAUUAAUGUUGGAAACAACGAAUAACAAUCAUGUUUACCUUUGACUGGAAUGAAUAAAAUGGAACUUGAAAUAUAAACAAGCUGUAAAAUGGAAAAAUGAUAACAAAGGUUAUAAUGAUUAUAAUAAUGAUAACAAAAUAAUAAGCUUAAGAGUCAUACUUUUA